GCUGAUACGGGAAAAACGAAAAAUCUGCAUCAGCUAAAUCACCAGGAUAGACAAUCAUUGAAGAGGACUUUGAUGAAAAAUAAGAGGACUACAGCUGCAAAAGUGACUGCUGAUCUGAAUGUCGCACUCACAAACCCUGUCAGCACCAAAAUAAUAUGAAGGGAGCUCUACAAGCAGGGUAUUUUUGGUGAGCUGUAAUUCAAAAACUACUCAUCAGUGAUUAUAAUGCCUGUAUGAGGAGCAAGUGGUGUGAAAAUCAUAAAACCUGGCUGUAGAGCAAUGGAAGACUGUUAUUUGGUCAGAUGUGUCUUGCUUCACACUGUCUCCAACUUAUGGGAGAGUUUACAUCUGGCUAUCACCAUCCCAAACACAUGAUGCAGACUGUUUACUGCCAAGAGUGAAACAUGGCUGGGGUUUCAUCUUGGUUUGGGCAGCCAUAUCGUGAUAUUUCAUGGACACUGAGCAAGAGCACAUUACCGUCAAGGAUUAUGUGACCAUUUUGGCUGAUCACAUCCAUCCCAUAAUACAAAUUUUGUUCCCCAGUGGUAAUUCUAUGUUACAAGAUGACAGACCUCCUGUUCACUCAGCUCAUAUCAUCCAGGGAUGGUUUUCUGAGCAUGAGAGUGAAUUUUCACGUCUACCAUAGUCACCAGAUAUCAAUAUUACCGAGCCUUUGUCUGUUAUUUUGGAGAAAAAUCUGCAUGAGCACUAUCCACCAUCAUCAUUGUUAUCUGAACUUGCCAUUGUUUUAGAGGAAGAAUGGUGCAAGAUUCUCAUGAAAAGUAAUCCCAAACAAAAUAUAAUACUGUGGAUGGAUCAUAGAGCUGUAGCUGAAGCUGACUUUAUUAACAGUAAACCUCACAGAGUCUUAGAUUUUGUUGGUGGAAAGAUCUCACCAGAAAUGGAACCACCUAAACUUUUAUGGCUUAAAAAGAACUUACCAGAUCAAUGGGAAAAGUUUGAACACUUCUUUGAUUUGCCAGAUUUUCUUACGUGGAGAGCUACUGGAAGUUUGCAGAGAUCAUUAUGCUCUUUGGUGUGUAAGUGGACAUAUCAAGCUGGACAAGAAACUGCAAAUGGCUGGCAAGAUGACUUUUGGAAAAAUAUUGGUCUUGAGGAUUUAGUUUUUAAUAACUAUAAAAAUAUUGGAACUGAAGUCUUAACUCCUGGUGAAAAGUGUGGAAAUGGAUUAUGUGAAGCAGCAGCGGAAGAAAUGGGACUCAAACCUGGUACUCCUGUGUCAGCAUCUAUAAUUGAUGCUCAUGCUGGAGGUUUAGGUGUACUGGCCUGUAAAGGACAUUUCCGGAAUUACGGAAACAUUGAUGAACGAAUGGCUGUCAUUUGUGGAACAUCAACUUGUCAUAUGAAAGUUAGUAAGCAACCAAUUUUUACACAAGGUAUUUGGGGUCCUUAUUUUUCAGCAAUGGUACCAGAUUAUUGGUGCAGUGAAGCUGGACAGAGUGCUGCUGGUGCUUUGCUUGACCAUGUUAUUAAUUCACAUCCAGCAUCUGUGUCACUGAAAGAGCAUAUUAGAAAUCAUGAGGAAGACAGGCAUAUAACAGACAUGUUAAAUGAGUCUGCUAUUAAAUUGAGUAAAAUCAAGGGUCUGCCGUCUGUUUCAUUGCUGACUUCAGAUUACCAUGUGUAUCCAGAUUAUCAUGGGAAUCGAUCACCUUUAGCUAAUCCAAGUUUAAAAGGAAUGAUAUGUGGAUUGACUCUGUCUUCUAAGGUAGAUGAUCUAGUGAAGCAGUACAUUGCUACUGUUCAGGCCUUGGCGUAUAGCACAAAACAUAUCAUUACCUCAUUAGAAAAUACAGGACAUUCUAUCAAAUGUUUGCUCGUUUGUGGUGGUUUAGCAAAGAAUCCUUUCUAUGUUCAAAUGCAUGCUGAUAUAACAGGUUUGCCUGUUAUAAUUCCACAUAACUCAGAACCAGUAUUAGUUGGAUCUGCUAUUCUAGCAGCAAGUGCUGCUAAUUAUUAUCCAUCAGUUGUAACUGCAAUGUCAUCCAUGUGUGGAGAUGGUGUUGUCAUUGAACCUAGUCUUUAUCAUAAAGAAUAUCAUGAAAAAAAGUAUCAAGUUUUUUUGAAGUUACUGAAAUGCCAAGAAAAAGUUAGUAUAAUUAUGAAUAAGCAAUCUGGAUGAGUGACUUGUCUAGUAAAUUUGUACUAAAAUUAUUAUGAAACUUCUGAGACAUUUUAGGAAGUUGAUAGAUGCUCAGUUUUCAAUAUAUGGAUUUAAUUAAUCCUUUUCAUAUAGUCCAAAUCUGCAAAUUGAAAGGGGAGGACACAAAAAUUUUAUGAGGUUAAUUUUUUUAAUUAUUUUUUCUUGGAACUACAGAAAGCAAACUUAAUACAGUUUGAGAAGUAAUAUAAGGCAUAUAUAUAUAUAUAUAUAUAUAUAUAAUAUAAACAAUAUUUCUUUAGUAAAUAAAUUAUUAUUAUCUUACUUUGCAGCUAUUGCGCAAGUAUUAGAAAAACUUGUUUUCGAACUAAGUGAAUUUAAGAUGAUAAACUCUUUAAAAGAUGCAUAAGUAUUUUUCUACAACUAUAAAGAGAAAAUUUAAUGAACAUGGAAGACUCAUAGGUAUUCAAUACAGAAUACAGAUUUUAGUAUUCAAUAAAUUUAGUAUUUAAUACAGAUUAAAUAUAAUUAAAUUUGGAUUUAACAGUUUUAUUUAUUAUAUAAUUUUUGAACUUUUCUGAACAGAACUCUUAACAAAGAAUUUUUAUUUAAUGAAUAUUUUUAUAUGAUGUUUAUAAAUUUUCAAAAUAUUUUCAAUCAGAUGUUAACUACCUAUCACAUAGAAAUCUAUAAGUUAUCAAGGGAGGAGAGAAACACACAAAAGUAAAGCAUAAAAUUAGGCAAAGCAACAAUUUUCUAUUUAGCAUAUGUUUUAACAAAGAUUCAAUUGAUUUUGAGGGCAGAAGGUGCAGGUCCUUAAUCAUCAGGAGAAAAAAAAUCUUUGUUAAAAGUUUGUCAACAGAGUCUUUAUUAAAAUAUAUGCCAAACAGAAGGUUGUUGCUUUGCCUAAUUUUAUGACUACAAGUUAUAUAUAUAUAUAUAUCACUGUUAAUUCACUGAUUUUCAAGGUAGUGUCAUGAUAAUAAAGCAAGCAAUGGGUCUAUUGCAAUAUGAAGAAAGGCUAAUGUUGAAUGAAAGCUUUUUUUUUUUUUUUUUUUUUUUUCAAAAUUAUAAGUGGCUUUGAAUUAAAACUUGGAUUGUUUAAUGCUUCCAAAAAUUUGGUAGUGACCCAGACAUUAAUAUCAAAUUUCUUUCCUAAAAUUAUUAUUUAAAAUAUUUUUAAAAAAUUUUAUUAUUGUACUUAGUUCUAAAGCAACAAAUUCAUUCACUGAAAUUUUCAUACCAAAAUAGGAUAUGAUUUUUAUGUUUAAAGAAUGCAUUUGCCUAUUUUAAUGCCGUCCAGGUUAAUAAACUUUAUAUAUGGCAUUUGGUGAUUCAUUAAAUCCAUAUGUGAUUGAAUUCAUUUAAACUGUUGUAAUUUAAAUAGCUUUUGUAUAAUUUUGCAAACAUCUUGUUACUGAAACAUUUUCAUUAGUAGCUGGAUAAUUUUUAUUUAAGUAAUUGAUAUAAAUACAUGUUUUUGCUGAUUUUAUAUAAAGGUUGACAUAAAUAUUAAUAUAAAAUGAGCUAAAAGAUUUUACAUUUUAUGACCAUUUGAAAAAAUUAUUUCAUUUUGAAGAUUGUAAUAUUUUUUAUAACAAUAAACUUGUUUAUCAGAGAA